AUGAGUUCGAAUGAGCCGCUGCUCGCGUUGAAGCACACCAACGGUAUGUAUGACGAACCCGGCCCGCCCACCAUCCCGGCUGCGCCCCGCCGCCCCAAGCCAUGCAUCAUCCGUCUGACAGCACAUGCAGUUAGCAGGCCGCAUAUCCAGCACAGCGCCUCGCAGCAAAGCAUCUCCGCCUCCGAGGACUACUACACCGUCUCCGAAAUCUCGACCAGUUCCGGUGAUGACCGCUCGCAAACCACAAUCAUCCGCCACAACACCCCGCCCGAGCUCUACCGCACCCCGCUCCAGAGCCAUGAGCAACUAACCAACCCCCGCCGCCUGUCCACCCUGCAAGAGGCUCGCAAAUCGCGCGAGGCAAACACCGGCGUCCCGCGCACCGUCAAUUUCGACGAGACGUCCAUCCCCCAGCGCUCAAUGCCGUCCCGCGGCCCCGCCGUCCAGGACCCGCGUCGCAAGAGCGGCAGGGAGUCCGAGUCCGUGUCUACCACCCCCGGCGUCGACGACACGCCCUACAUCCGCUUCGCCAUUGACCAGCUCACCCGCGAUGAGGAGGUCCGUGGCUCCAGGAAAUAUCCCGCCGGCACCCGCGCGAGCGCAGAGCAGUACCCUGUGCAGCGCCUGGUUUCGCCCGAGACCGUUGCCUAUGUCCCGCAAGCGCCGACCUACGAGGCUGAUGAAACCCCCGAGAGAAACCCUUCGCGCCCAGCGCCAAUGGAGCCGCUCAAUGUGCAACAACGGGACAUUUUCGUGCCGUACCACCCGCAGACCAAGUCUGUUCAGUUCCCGCCUCUUACAUUCCUUCCUUCCAUCCUGCGCCCACUAUGGCUCGGCAUCUUCGCUUCCCUCUGCGUCCUGAUGAUCACCGGCUUAAUCGUGAGCGCCGUGUGGUCCGACACAUAUUCUGGCCUCCUCGACUAUGGCAGUCUGGGCGACGGCAGUUAUUUCCUUUUCCAAUAUGUGCCAACGAUCUUCGGCAUGGUUAUCCUGGUGUGGUUGCACCAGAUCGUCGCUGCACUACAGCGCAUCUCCCCGUUCAUGGCCCUGGCCUCGGAAUCCUCGAAAUCGCGGUCUGAAGGCGUCUUUCUCGAUUUAUAUCCGACCCAGUUCCUUUACCCGACUCUCCAACAUUUCCGCGCCGGUCAACCCCUCAUUGGCGUAUUCUACAUCAUCUCGUGGAUAUUCCUCUUCACCAUCCCUCUCCUUGGCUCGGCCUACAAUGUCCGCUUCUUUGGCGCUUUACGCAACGGAACCUGGCGAUGGCUGGCAGUUCAGGGCGUUAUUUGGGCCGUUGUUGCACUCUAUUUCUUGCUCAUUGCAGGCCUCAUUUGCGUUGUUGUGCAACUUCGAAAGCCUACCGGCCUGAAAUGGGACCCCCGCUCCAUCGCCGACUACGCCACCCUUCUCGAACGCUCUAAUGCUAUCAGCGAUUACAGCGACACGGAGAUCUUGGAGACGUCUUCGGAAUUCAGGGAAAGACUUGCCAGCCGCACUGAUCGCCUUGGGUACUGGAACACCUCGGCGCGCCCGAACGACAUCUUUUAUGGCCUCGGCGAGCCUGGUGGAGAUCCCCGCAGAUAUACUGUGGUGGCAGGAAGACUCAGGGAAAAGCAGGACUAUGCAUCUGAAGGCACAGACUUGGAAGCGGCUAGGCCAGGGGACCUCCGCUUGGACAUCCGCGUCGAGUCGGUGCGGAGACGCUACCUUCCGUGGUUCCUUACCGACUCGUACGUGGUCGCUUGGAUCAUCGCCGCUGUGGUCCUCUACCUGACCUUCCUCAUCGUCAGCUUCGUCAACGAUGCAGUGAUCCAGGGCUUCGAUCCACGCGUCUCUGUGGCGGCUAAUCCUGCUGGCUUCUCGGCCUCCAACUUCCUCUAUUCCUUCCUCCCUAUCCUGCUCACCAUGUUCCUUUACCUAUUCUUUCAAACGCUCGACUUUGCGCUCCGUCGUCUCGCCCCGUACGAGGCCUUGUGCACACCAGGCGGCGCAUCCGCGGAAACAUCUAUCCUCCUCGAUUACCCGGCACGCCUGCCCGUAUCCGUCACGCUUGCCGCGAUCGCCAACCACCACUGGCGUGUAGCGCUCUUCUCCUUCGUCUCCCUCAUGACCGCAUUCACCCUCCCCGUCCUCGCCUCGGGCCUCUUCUUCACGCAGUACUACCCCUCAGACGGCACACUCCGCGUCGCCGCCCACCCGGCCGCCUACUACGCCCUCUGCGUCUUCCUCGCCAUCUACAUCGUCGCCGUCUGCAUGCUCGCCACGGGCCGCAGCGACAUGGCACUGCCCCACGACUCGCGCACCCUCGCCGAGACCGUCUCCUGGCUCUACCAGUCGCGCAUGCUGACGGACCGCGCCUUCAGCCGGCCCGCCACCAAGGCCGAGCUGGUCGCCCGCCUCAUGGGCCCCGUCUACCUCGAAAAGGGCUUCAACCGGUCGCUGCGCUCGCUCGCCAUGCCCGGCGCCGCCGGCGCCUUCGCCUUCGGCUCAUCAAAGGCCAGCCUGCGCGCCGCGGCCGAGAAGCAGCAGAAGGAGCAAAACGACAUGGCGGCCGCCUUCUCCGCCACGGGCCACCACGACGACGGCCACGGCCACGGCAGGGUCGGCUCCGCCUCGUCCCGCCACCACAACUACCAGUUCAUCCCCGAGGACGAGUCGAUGAUGCACGUCGCCGGCCACGCCGUCGGCCCCGACGAGCUCCGCGCCAUGGCCAUGGAGAAGCGCCGCAGCCUCAUCGACCCCGGCAGCAUCAUGUACGGCUUCGGCGUGCACUGGGGCCGCGACGGACGGGAGCAUCUCGGCGUCGACCGCGUGCAGAGGGGCGAGAGCAGGAUGAUGCAUUUUGAUUGA